GUAGAUCUUCGCGCUGUUGUGCGUGUUAUGCAAAAGGACGCAAUGUCUGAGAAACCAGAAAUGGUCGAAGAAAGAAGCGCGAUAUCAAUGCAGCGUGGACAAUGCUGCGAAGUGACCGACAAAGAUCGCACUGAAGUUUCUGAUUACUUAAAGGAAAACGUUGGUCGAGUUGUGAAGGUUUCAGUGCUGAUAAAAAUGGACGCAAAGUUGUUUGAUCCAUAUACUUACCUAGACAAGGUCUCCCCAACCCCUCACAAGUCCUUCCUAACCACCAAUUACAAUGCAAGAGUGAACAGUAAAGUGUGGAGGAGACGGUCGAGAAAGUAG